AUGAAGAUGCAAUCGUGGACAUUGCAACAUAUUUUGGCACCAGAUGGUCGAUUGCCUCCAGAGAAACAAGCCAAGGGAAAAUUUCUAGCCCAGACACAAGCCCUUUUCUCAGCUCCAACGUCAACUGACAACAAUUCCAAAGAACGCUUCGUAUUCUCGACCUUCUAUAACGCAUCUGUCACAUUUCCCUUCAUAGUCAGCAUUGCCUAUUGGCUGGUGGUAUAUCCUUCGGAACCUGUCCUUGAUCAAGGGAGCAAAGGCGAGCGUCUUCAUCACUUUGUACUCAUCAGCAUCACUGUGCUCAACUCUGUGAUCGCCUUCCUGGAGGUGAUGGUCCUGAGCAGCGUCCGAAAGCAGAAGGAUCUCGCCACGCAGAUUGCCGGUGUCAUCGCUAUAUACCUCUUAUACGGGAUAUGGACGGUUUUUGGUCAUUCCGUCACCGGCGAGUAUGUGUACAAAUAUUUUGACCCCGAUUAUGCUGGCUGGAGAGGCGUUGCUACGACCGAUAUCUUCAUCUUGUCUCUGACGGUCACUGUGUUCUUUGCCCAGCGGGGGCUGCACGCACUGCGUGAGAUCUUGGCCUGGAAGGCAGAGUGCGAUCUUUCAGGACGUCGAGAGCGGCUGACUGCCCCCUCGUGUCCCCAUCACUAG